AUGACCGAUCCUGGACCGGUCGCGUCUUCUAAAAUGGAAUCCAACUCCAAACGAAUGGCUUCUGUUUUAGUCGCCCUGUGUCUCGGUUUCUUCGCGAUAUUGUUGACCUUUGAUGGCUCGUCCAGUUUGGGGAAAACCGAAUUGGAUUCAACAACAGGUGGGAACUUUUUGGACGCGUUAAAGUUGUUCGGCGGAUCCUCCUCGAAGAGAAGGAACCAGAAUCACAAGAGCAUGUCCGAGGAAGAAAAAGAACGAUUCAUGCAACACGUGGAUUUUGAGAUUCCGAAAGCUUCCUCCAGCGGCGAGUACGACGAAACCGAUGACGACGAGUACGACGACGAUGGAGGAGGAGGAGGAGGAGGAGGAGGCGGUAAAACUAUUAUAGGUAAAGUGUCAAAGAAAUCGAGGCAGUAUAAGAAGAAAAGGAAGCAAGAGUUGAUGCUGCGAAAGAAAGAGCAGGAUUUGCGGCAGCAAGCGAUCAGCUCGAACCCGGACGACGUGGUGCACGGAUGGAUACGCGCAAUGUUCAACCAGAUGGAUACGAACGGCGACGGGAAGAUAUCGCUGAACGAGAUGAAGGCGUACGCGGAGAAGAUGAAUUUAGAUAGAGGGUAUGUGAAGGAUUUUAGCGAGUAUGUCCACAUAAAAGCAGGGGAGCCGGAGAACCACGAUCAUCCCGCGGUGGAUUUUGAUCACUUUUUGGCGGCUUUGCAACAGAGAGACGCGACGGUGAUGCGAGCGUGUGCCAUGGGAGGAUAUGGCGGUAGAAGUAUCUUUGAUGAAGUGGCGGAGAGAAGCGUUUGGUUGUUAGGGUUGUUAGUUCUUCAGUCGCUCUCGGGGGUUGUGUUGCAGCGAUACGAGCAGUUAUUAGCUGAGCACGUCGUUAUAGCGGUAUUUUUGACCAUGUUAGUUGGCGCCGGAGGUAACGCCGGUAACCAAAGCGCUAUUAAGAUUAUAGAAAAGAUUGUUCUAGGAGAAAUCACCGUUUCGAUCGGAUCCUUCUUGAGCGAAAUGCACAGAGAAGUAAUCGUCGGUAUGUUCUUGUGCGUGUUCGUAGCGAUCGGAGGUUUUGUGAGAGCGUAUAUUACGCACGGAAGAGCGCGGGGUGGUUUCUUGAACGUGCUGGCGCUGACGUGCUGUUUAGCGGUGAUUGUGUUUUCAUCAACACUCAUAGGGGUGAUGUUGCCGUUUUUGUUGGCAAAGAUUGGUGCAGAUCCCGCGCAUGCAGGUACGGUGGUGCAAGUAGUCAUGGACAUUACCGGGGUUAUUGUCACCGUGACGAUAUGUUCGAUGAUGUUACCGUCGGUGUCCAAGAAGACCAGAACGCCGGCGUUCGCGGUAGUCUUGGAGAGGGCUUUUCUGGCGUACUUUCCGGAAAGUGAGAGCGGUGGUGCUCCAAAGGAACACAGAUCGGACGCGGAUUUAGUAUUGACGUCUGAAAAGGGUAGCGUGUAA